AUGAAAGGUCGAAACUCGUCAAGCAAAUCCGAUCCAGAAAUUUUUCACCGCAAGAAGGACGUUCGUCCAAAAAGUAAAUCGAAGAAGACUUUUACAAAAAGGGAAGACUCAAAAUCUGACACUUUUCGAGGACGUCUCCACGACGAACAAAAAAAAACGGCACACAAAUUUAGAGACGAGAAAAAGCCAUUCAAAGACUCCAAGUCAGUGCACUACCAUAACGAACAUCCAAAAUCAGAGUCAGACGGGUUUCUGGAUGACAGACCAAAAAGAUCAUUAUUAGACACAUUUCAGACAGAAUUGCAAGGUGCGAAAUUUAGAUACAUCAACGAAGUGUUGUAUACAUCAAGGAGUGAUCAAGCGCUCCAUCUCUUUGAAGACAAGCCACAACUGUACUCGGAUUACCACACCGGGUAUCACGAGCAAGUCAAAAAAUGGCCUGUGAAUCCACUCGACUUGAUCAUAAAGAAGAUUCAAGAGAACGCAGACAUCAAAGAAGUAGCUGACAUGGGUUGUGGGGAUGCCAUUCUUGCUUUAAAAUGCAACACCAUCAAAGUGCACUCAUUCGAUUUGGUCAAAACAAAUGAACGUGUAACUCCGUGCAAUAUCAAGAAAGUGCCUGUGAAGAAAGGGAUGUGUGAUGCUGUCGUUUUUUGUCUUUCUUUGAUGGGUAUCGACUUUCCACAUUUCAUCCGCGAGGGUUUCAGAAUUUUGAAAACGGGAGGGUUGAUGUUCAUUGCAGAGGUCAAAGGUCGUUUCCCAAAGAAGAACAACUUUAAAGAGGAGAUGCUCAAGAUAGGUUUAGAAGAGGUUUCAAAUGAGGAUCACAAUGUCUUUGUCAUCAUGACAUACCGCAAAGCCACCAAGUCCAAUAUCAUAAAAGAGACUGUCUUCCAAGAGUUCAAGAAGGAUAUCAAGUUGAUCCCGUGUCUUUACAAAAAGCGAUAA